UAACUUAUCGCUGUAGAUAACGAGUCGUCCAAUUUGCAAAACACCAAGGAAGAUAUACAGUUACUCGGGGCUACUGGGUGUGAUCCAGAUGAAAGUCCCAGUGAUGAUCCGUCUAGUGAUGAUGAUGACAGUAACGGUAACAAUAAGGAGCGCUAUGAGAAAAAGAAAAAAGACAAAAGAACAUGGAAGAUAGAUAAAGAUGCAUGGCUCAAGUGUAUCAAGGAAGGAGGCGAUUUUGAACAGCAGGCGGAAAGUUUAUUAAGUGAAAGAAAAUUGCCAGAUCAAAUUGCGCUGAACGCGAUAAGAUCAAAGUACGCACAUUAUUCCUCAGUUAUUUCUAAAAUUUGCGAUAAGGUAUGCGUUUAUAUCAAGAAGAAGUCAGAAAACAUUGCACAUGUUUGGGCUGCUACAAUUUAUUCAAAGGAUUCCUUGCCUAGUGAUAAUGACAUUGUUUUCGUUGUACUGACAACAGAUACAACAGUUCAAAUAAACGAAGAAAAUUUUUUAAUAUAUCAAAGACAUUUCUUGCAAGUCGAUGAUACCGACCUGAACAAAGAAAUAGAAAUAAUGGAAUACAAUAAUCUGCCAACCUCUGAAGAAAUUGAUGAACUUGAGAAAUGUUUGAAAGAAAAUGCAAAAUCGUUAAUGAAUGACCAUAGCAACCUUACUAGGGUGACAGCAAGUUGGUUCAGAACAGAUAGUAAUGAUACAGAACACCUAUCAUUAAGAAAAUUAAGAAAAGAAUUGUGUAUUGCACUCUAUGUCCACAUUAAAGGAUAUAUACCAGUGGGUGAGAAAUAUUUCCCAGCUGAAAUUGGAGGAUUUCCAGUGGUAGUCCGAGAGGGCAUUUUUACACUUUGUAGAGGUUCAAAAGAGUAUCAUGAAAAUGUGAAGAUGGGUUGUGAAAUCAGUGCAGAAAUGUUUGGUACUCUUGGGGCAUUCGUAGAAUUUAAAGAUGAUAAUCAUUUAUAUGGGCUCACGUGUGCACAUGUUGUAUUUGGUCGUAAAAAAUUUGAGAUUUUGCUUCAAAACGGAGUAUUUAAAGAUGUUAUAGAUGUUUGGCAACCUGCAGCCCAUAAUGCAAAUUGUCAACCUCUUGGCAAAACAGUGUUGGAAGUUUAUAAAAGUGGAGGAAAUGGCAUUGCAGGAAUGGAGUUUGCGCUGAUAAAAAUCAGAACAGAAGGCCUACUGAAGGCACAUUCCCCGAUGACUCUGAUUAUUUGUCAGCAGUAUCAGGAGAUAAGAUUUGGGCAAGACUCGCCUUUUGUAUUUACUUCAGGAAAUGCUAAAAACGCAACAGAUAUCCCGUUUCAAUUAGUGUAUAAAUACGGUUCUGAAAGCAAACUCACACAAGGGGUGUGUCGAGUAAAUGGUGCAUCAGUUCGACCAUUGAAAUUUGAAGACAACAUUCUGAAUACUGAAUUAGUUUUGCACGAUCAGAUCGAAAUAAUGAAUGUAGAAACACAAUUUGCUGUAAAUGGUGAUUCAGGUGCACUUGUUUUUGUUAAAGAUGAAAACAAAGAGCUUACUGCGUUAGGAAUGUUUGAAGGGAAUUUCAAGGGGACGAGCAUAUAUGUCUGUUCGCCAAUCUACGAUAUCCUUAACGAAAUAAGCCGGAUUUGUAAAAAACAGUGCUGGUUAAAAAGAUUUGUACCAUCUGAUUCACGAAUAAAUGAGCCGCGGAUACAUUCUCAGCUGCAUGAUACAGUAAUGUCACUUUCCGGAAGUGUGUCGCAACUACAUGGAAGAUUAGAAUCUCUUGAUCAAGGUUUUGCUCAAGAUUUAGCAAAACAUAAACAAGAAAUAUCAAAUGAACUAAAAAAGCAACAUGACGAACAUCUAAAAAGUGCUCUUGAAAGAGAAGAACUUAAGAAUCAGAAUGAAGAAUUGAAAAAGCAAGGUGACGAGCACAUAAAACAGAGCCAGGAAAUAAAGGAUCGUCAAAAAAGACAAGAAAAGCAAAGUGAAGAACUUAAGGAGGAACUAAGAAGGCAAGGUGAUGAGCAUGUAAAACAUAGCCAGGAAAUAAAGGAACGUCAAGAAAGGCAAGAAAAGCAAAGUGAAGAACUUAAGGAGGAACUAAGAAGGCAAGGUGAUGAGCAUGUAAAACAUAGCCAGGAAAUAAAGGAUCGUCAAGAAAGGCAAGAAGCACAAAGCGAAGAACUUAAAGAGGAACUAAGGAGACAAGGUGAUGAGCAUGUAAAACAGAGCCAGGAAAUUAAAGAAGGACAAGAAAGACAAGGCAAAGAACUAAAAGAUGAAUUAAAAAAGCAGAUGGAACAAAUAGUGAUGCUAUUGAAAAAAGAACAAUCGUUAUAA